AUGGCUAUCUCUCUCCUCAAACUCACAACCAUUCUCUCUCUAGUCACCACUCCAUUCCUUGCCUCCCUCUCUCAAACAACCUCAUCAACCAAUCUCUAUAAAGACGACGAAGAGUACACACGCGACACUCCUAGAUUUACCAGAAGUCGGUUCUUAGCCAGUACCAUCAAGAAAGUAAUGGAUUGUGAUCCGAUCAAUAACAAUUUGUGCAAUGGGAUGUCAACGAACAACGGGACUAGCCUUCUGUACUGUUGCAAGAAGCUUUGUUGCAACGUUCUUGGAGACAAAAACAACUGUGGGCAGUCCGGGCACAAGUGCCAACUAGGAGAGCUUUGUUGUCAUGGUACUUGCAUCAACAUUGCCUACAACACCUCAAACUGCGGCGAGUGUGACAAAGCGUGCUCGCCGGGGGUUAAAUGCGAAUAUGGAUCUUGUGGGUAUGCUUGA